AAAGUUUAUCUUUAAUAAUGAUUAACGAAGACAUUACGAUAAAGUCUGUUACCUACAUGACACACGUUCUUCUUUUUAUGGUACAAUAAAAAUGAUUUAACUUGUAGUGCCAAAUGUUAAAGUAUAGUUAUUUACGAUUUUCUACAUAUUCACGAAGAUCAUACAAAGCGUAUGAAGGACAAAUAUGUAAUUGAUUAAAAGUUGGAAGAAUCUCUUCCGAAAUAAUAAUUGCAUUUUGAAGUAAAAUAAAAAUAAAGAUCUUCGAUCAUCACAACAUAUUAUUAUAGCUAUCAGGAAUUGAUUAAAUGUAAAGGGGUCUUAAAACAGAGGUUGUCAUGACGAAUAAUAGCAACAACAUACCAGGUGGACUAUAGAAAAUUGUUGCACGUUGAAGAAUAGCUCGAAACCUACUUGUGCGGCGUUAUUUCAGUGCUUGAAUAAUGGCUAACAAUAUACUAAGUAAUGGGCGCAUUCAACAACAAGGAACAAUCGCACAACGUCUGAGAAGCGAUAAAGGAAAGAAAGCUCCGGAAAUACCAGCAGUAGAAAGUAACAAUUGGUUGCUGCAUCGACACUACACCCGCCACGAAUACAAAACCUGUAAAAUUCUGAUCGACCAAGAAUUAUUCAGAUCAAAUGGACACAACGAGUACGCUAAUUACUUGAAAGGUUUAAUAUUGAGGAGAGAGGGGCAAAUUCAAGAUUCGCUUAACCAUUUUCAAGCCGCCUACAACGUGAACUCGACGAACAUAAAUAAUGUAAAACAAAUAGCGAAGUCGCUUUUGAUAAUGGGCAGUCACAAGCGUGCAAUCGACGCGUACUUGGAAGCUGAAAAGAUAUCAACAGAACCAGAUUGGGAAAUUUAUCUGAAUCUAGGUGAAUGCUACAUGAAACUGAAUCAACUGCAAGAGGCAAAGAGGUAUCUGAAGAAGUCGAUCGAUUUGACGAGAAAUGAAUUACCAUACAUCACUCUCGCAAAGGUUUGUCUUCUCGAGAACUGCGACAGAGAAGCGCAGGACGCUUACGCAGCAGCUCUUAGUGAAAAUCCUGAGAGCAUCGAAGCCGCAACCGAACUGGGUCUUCUGUACCUUAAAAUCGGCGAUGUUCAACAAGCCUUCCAACAGUUCGGGACAGCUCUUGCACAUUCGCCAAAUUGUACAAAAGCGAUUCUGCCAAUAGCUUAUAUAAUACAGAAUCACCAAGAGUACGAUGUCGCUUUAUCGAAGUACAAGCUGGCAGCCCAGUCGAUACCAGAAUCGUAUGGUUUAUGGAACAACGUUGGAAUGUGCUUUUAUGGAAAGCAAAAAUUCGUUGCUGCAAUUAGCUGCUUGAAGAGAGCACACUACCUCCAUCCAAUGGCGUUCGCUCCUGCCUACAAUUUGGGUAUGGUUUUUCUCACCACUGGACAAGCUGCUUCAGCUGCAAUUUAUUUGUGCGGUGCGGUCAAUGCGGAGCCAAAAAAUCCCAUGCCGUAUCUUCUACUAGGCCUUGCCCUGAAGCGAUUGGACGACCUGGAGGGUGCUGAAAAGGUGCUGCAGAGGGCUCACGCGAUGUCGCCGCAGGAUCCUUUGAUAUUAAUUAAUUACGCGAUAGUAUCGGAAGCACAGGGUAAAAAUACCACCGCGGCUGAAUUGUUAACCGCGUUAAACGACAUCACGGUUGUAAUUGACGUAGAUGAGCAGAUAACGCAGACUGCGAAGAAAUUGUCGGCGAAGAUUCAGCAAGAAAGCACAUCUGGCGGUGAAAAUACAAGAGUGCUGAAUGCGGACGAAGUUUAAACCGAGAUAUUCACUUGUUGAAACAAAAAUUCUUAUUCAAAUUGUUCCAUACAGAUCAUGAGACAUUUUACCACGUGUCCAUAUAGAUAUUUAAAAAAGUUUAAAAAAGGGUUUUUACUAUAAAGCUCCUCCAGCUCAUCAACCAAGGCUCCACGUGUCAAGGAGACCUAGUUUUCUCAUCGAAGUUUUUCCGGAUGACCGCGGUACAUUAACUGCUGUAUUCCCGUUGGAAGCCUCUUCAAAAGUGUCAAGGAUUAACGAAGGAUCGGCACGGAAAUGUUACGAAACCGGAACAUACUUGCGACGCGAUAUCGCUCGUGUCUGUUCUUCGUUUAAGGGAUUAUUAGUUCGCGUCACCUUAAGCUUCUCAUACUCACGCUUCAACUACUUGCCUGUAACGUUUCUCCAUCUAACGGUAAUUGCGGAACGAGUGUAAUACGGAAGUAAUUAAGGUGUGUCUCUGUAAAGUAUUUGUGUCUACAUUGUGCGUGACAAGUCGAAUUAACUUGAUUCAAACUACCAAUCUCUACGAUUAUUACUAGAGAGAGUAGGUUCUCGAUUAAAAGUUUAAUUAUUUUGUUUAAGCAUCACUUCAUGAUUACCCACUUGUAUUGACUCGUCGCAAAAAUUUCUACGCGAAUAAAUUCGAUUGGAAGAACUAAAUAUGGUACAUUAAUGCAAUCACUAGAUUGCGGAUGUUUAUACAUUUCUGACGUAUCAAAGGUUGCAAAGUACACAUAAAUUAUUUAAUCGAGGUUGUGGAUUUUACAGAUUGCAUGAUUUGUUUACAUUUUGUAAAUUCUGAUAUAUCGUAAAUACAUAAACGUUCGCAAUUUAAUAAUCUCUAUUAAGGGUACUAUGUGUAUGUGUGUAGGUUAUGUAGGUAUAUGAGCGAGAUACAAUGUUUAGUAUUGAAAUUGUUCAUAACUUGAAAUAUGUAAGAACGACACCGUUUAAAAGAUUCCAAAAUUGUAUGUAGCUAUGUACAUUAGCUAUGUUCGUUUAAACUGGCAUCUUCGUUAGCCUCGUAGAUCUUUCACCCAGACAUCGCCCUACAUUCAACCUGUGUCGUUCAAAUUCGUUUAGCAAUAAAUUUCCUUCGUGUUUACGCGUCUAUCUAACCGCCUGGAAAUCGAACGCGUAUCGUUUGAUGCUCGAAAAUGUUAUCAACCGAAUUCUCCGUAAAAGCAGUACCGGUAUUCGGAAAUUGACAUCGAAAUGUGUGUCGAGGUCAAAAAUAGACCACCGCUUGUUAACCGCGAUACAGUUAAAUUCGAUAACGUCGGAAUUUUAAUGCUUUGCGUUGACAAAAUUUUUUAAUUUUCCGCUGAAAUGAUAAAAAAAUGUUUCCUUGUUAAAUUUCUGGUUAACAAGAUAAGUGCCGCAGGGAUUUUAUAAUGUAGAAAUAUGCAUAUGUGUGAAUUUGGAAAUGUAAAAAUUUGCGAAUGUGAACUUGCGAACCGGCACAUCGGGAAAUUUAGGUUUUAAUUCAGGAAUUCGUUAAGGUAUUACUACGAAUUACAUCAACACUAUAUACGCCAAUUUUCACGCAUGCGAGCAUCGUUCGCCGCUCACCUCCGUGAUUAUGUCAUUGGCCUCAUCAUCUUUAUCGCUCAUCCCACACGAUCAAUUACACGACUCAUUAUUCGUGUUCAUUAAGCCCGAAGAAGUGGGGUUGAUGAAGAAAAUCGACGUGCAGGUCAGGAAAGUUUCAGUGGAUCCACGUGGAGGGAAAGGCGUGGCGCAUCCAAUUCGUCUCGUUGGAGAUAAUUAAUUUAAAGGCACUCGAAGGGAGCGUAUCGCGAUAGAACACGGACGAAAGACGAGCAACAUGCUCUUGCUAGCUGCCAGUCUUGCUGCCGACAAGAGAACUCGAUUAGAAGAAGCGACGGGGAAGGAUGCGUCGUUGCGAGAACACUGUUCAAUGAAGGACAGAUAGGUUCUCUCAUCGAAAAUAACAGAGGUUGUAUACAACUUCUCGUAGUUUUGCGAUAGGCACAAAGAGUUGUUGAUUACGGACAUUGUAAUUAGUUCCACCUGUCGAUUGUCAUAGGUAGACUGCGGAUGGUCAUACGGACAUUAAUAGAAUAUAAGAAAAGAGACAGAAAUUUAUCUUGUAUAUGCUAAUAGUUCAGGUGUAUCUGUCAUAAUUAUCUUGUAAAUGCACUGUUUAAGUCAACACUUAACACUAUUUUCCUGGUAUUUGUUAAACGAAGUGUUGUUAGAAUUUAAACAUGCAGAUUUAUUUGAAUUCAAUUCAAAGUGGAUUAUUAAUGCACUCUCGUUCUAAGAAAUCCUUUUGGUUUUGAAAUAUGCGAAUGGAAUAACAUACUAUAUUCAACGUGCUUCAUACAUAUGUUCGGGUCCAAUAUUAUUCAGGUAUAAUCACGCAACGCGAUACGAACGGAUGGAAAAAGGAGAAUCCUCCGAGGAUUCUGAAUAAAAGAAGAGAAGUGUAUUUGCAUUCGAGGUAGUAAAAAUGUUCUCCUAUCUCGAAAUAAUUAUGCAGACAAGUUUAACCGGGAAUUUUAUUAAGAUGAUAGCCAUUUUCCUACAAAGUUUGCUAUACUAACGCGAUAAAUUAUGAUUAUCAAGAUUUUAAAAAUUAUCAAGUUUCCAAAUUCCGUAAAUUCUAACACCCUAAAAUUUUCAAAUUUCUUUUCUAUCUUUUAGUGAAAAUCAGAACUUUCGAAGUUAAAUCAUUUCACCUGGCUGUAAUUAAAUUCAUUAUAUAUAAUGAACUUCUUUCAUAGCUGGCGAAAUAUUAGAGAAUAUUGCGACGAAACAUUGUACGGGCGGACAUUUUGAUUCAGUUCAGUUUGAACAAAAUUAAUUAACGACAGGAAUAAAGCCCUGUUCUAAUACGAAAUUUCUUCUCGGUUUCCUCGGAACUUUAGAAGUUCGAAAUUAAAGGUGGAUAUUGCUGUUCACUGAACGGAUGCGAAUAAAAUAGUUCGAAGGCUAAAAGGAAUUAGUUAUCAGAUGUUACAUAAAGUAGCGAAAGAAAUGUAGAGCUUUAUUGAUAAAACUCGUGAAUCGUGAUACUUGUGCCGUUUUAAUAUUCUCUGUUUUGUUGUCACACUUAUUGCAGAUCUUUAUCGAAAUUCUAAAAGUAAAAUGAAAUUACUUCAUAGUUCUGGCUUUGUAAUUAAAUGCCGGUU